ACUAAAAGUUUUUCAAUGCCAUAUGUUUGGCAAGCUUUUUUCAUAUGAAAAUGAAUUCCUUAUUUUUUUUCGUAUUCAGUGAUUUUGAUUUGCUUUUGUAGAGAACGAAAAAUAAAAUUAAAAAAAAAGGCUGAAAAUUGGGGAUCAAGUAAAACAGCCGCCAAAGCAAGUAUACUCUGCUUAGGAUUGCCACUGUCUGUUACAACCAUAGCUUCGACACCGCUCCAAAAACACGCUUUCAUGUCUCUAUAAAUACAGUGAAGCUAACCCACAAACCCUAUUUUAGCCUCCAAAGUUUCAUUCAACUCAUCUGCUCUCUCUCUCUCUCUCUCAACAACUUCGAAGGUACUCUUUAUUAUCAUUGUUCCCUUUCUUCAUUCAUUCUCUCUAGUUGUGAUAUCUGUCGUUCUUGGGUUUCUGCUUCCAAUCCAAUGGCUUCCACCACCACCACCACCCUCCUCCGUUGUCUCCUCGUUGUGACCCUACUACUGUCUUCCCUCCCUGUUCCAUCCACCGCUCAAGUAAAAGGCUGCCCCUUCACCUCCAUAUACACCUUUGGCGAUGGAGACUCCUCCACGUCCGACAGUUCAACCAUGUCCGAUCACCUCGCUGCGGCUUUCCAUUUACCAUCUCCCAAAUCCUACGCGAGCGGAUCUUCCGGUACUGAAUCCACCCAGGGCGCAUCCUUCGCAACCGCCGGAGCCACCGUCAUGAGCACCUACUUCUUUGUGGAGAGAGACAUUCAGUUCCCCCGGCAUCCUCUGAUGCAAUCCCUACACACACAGAUUAAAAACUUUUUCGCAACCAAGGAGGAUCUUCAGAGGGCUAUCUUGUUCCUGGAACAACUCGGUGCUAAUGACUACAAGCUUGCAUUCUUACAAGGGAAAUCCAUAGAUGAGGUAUCCCGUUAUGUACCGAAGGUGGUUGAGGGUAUCAAGAACACUAUGAGGAAACUGAUGAAUGCCGGAGCGACCCAUCUGUUUGUCACCGGAGUUUCACCGAUGGGGUGUCUCCCCGGCUACUUGACAUUGCUACGAAACAAAGACCGGAUGCAGUACGAUUCGAACAACUGCCUCAGAGGGCUCGAUGCAUUCUCAAGGCUCCACAACGAUCAUCUCCGACAAGCACUGAUGGAGCUAAGGCUGGAGUUCCCUCAGGUUCAGAUUGUGUACGGCGACUACUACAAGGCAUUCAUGGCUCUGCUUCGGAAUCGUGUGCUUUUGGGGUUCAGAAAGGAAACGUUGACGAAGGCUUGCUGUGGAUUCGGGGAUCCUUACAAUUUUCAUCCGAAGGAGACGUGCACAAAUCAAGGCGUUAACGUGUGCUCGAAUCCUGCAGAGUACGUGCAUUGGGACGGGUUUCAUCUUACUCAAGAGGCGUCGAAGCACGUAGUGGAAGCGUUCGUGGCUGGAAGAGGUUUUGUGUAUCCUGAGUUCAAGUUUCCAGAGGUUAUGCAUUGCACAAUGAAGUAGCUGGUGAAGAGAUGUUCUAAUUGACCUUUCGCUGAGUUUUAGUGUCAGAUAGAAUUUGAUUGACAAAACUUGUAAAUUUUAGUAACAAUUGUGGAUACUGAUUUACGAUGUUUGUGGAUAUGAUUAUUAUG